AUGUUGCAUCACAUCCUCGCUGCACGGGGCCAUCCUCUGCAGGAGGUGGUGCUGGGCAGGGUGAUCUCUGCGGGAGAAGACAUCAGCCAGUUGAGCACACCGGACGAUUCCUCUCGGCUCCGGACGCAGCUCAAAUCAGUCAACACUCGCUGGGCCAACGUCUGCCUGCAGCUCAACGAGCGCAAGAGGAGGUCUGCAGAGGCCCGCUCGGCGACGGCGGGGCUGCAGGAGAACAUGGGCUCCAUGCUGGGCUGGCUGGAUAAAGCGGAGGGGGUCCUGGCCAUCCCGCUGCAGCCCGCCGAGCCUCAGCACAUCAGAGACACUCUGGGGAAAGUCCAGGCACGCGUAGAGGAGCUUCCUGCCAGGAGUGCGCUGAUGGAGGAUCUGAACAUGAAGCAGAGGCAGAUAACACUUCCUGCUGACAGACAGAACGACGUCAGGGUCAUCAACAGUCGCUGGGCUCAGGUGUCUAAGGCUCUGCCAGAGCGUCAGCUGGAGAUCGAGGCUCUGCUGAGGGAGCUGGAGCAGCUCCAGGGUCAGCUGGACGGCCUGUCAGCCUGGGCCUCCAUCACCAGAGCCAAGCUGGAGCAAAGCCCUGAUGAGCCCCGGCUCGUUGAGCAAGUGCAGGUGAAGCAGCCAGAGGUAGAGGCAGUUCUGGAGCGAGCCGAUCAACUGUUCAAGGAGAAUCCUCCCAACCAACAAGACAAGGUGAGGUAUGUGAAGCUCAGGGAAGACUGGUCUGUGAUCCUGGAGCUGGUGCGGCAGCAUAAGGAGAGGAUGGCCGCUCUGCUAAUAGCCAAAAGAGCCACUGAAACUCUGACAGGAAGUUCCCAGGCUGAGUCUGCAGCUUUGGCUCAGUUCAACAAGUCCUGGGCCGAGCUCACCGAUUGGCUGACAAUGCUGGACAACAUGGUGCAGAACAAGCAGGUGGUGGUGGCCGACCUGGAGGACAUCAACGAGAACAUCAGCAGCCUCAAGUUGUCCCUGCAAGAGAUGGACCAGCGUCGCCCACUUCUGGAGAGACAGGUCACAGCAGCUCAGAACCUGAAGAACAAAACCAGCAACCAGGACACCCGCAACGCUAUCACUGAACGCAUGGACAGGCUUCAGGCUCACUGGGAAGACUCCCAGACCAAACUCUCGGACAGGACGAAGCAGCUCCACAACAUGCUGCAGGACUCCACCGAUUGGCUGGAUGCCAAAAAGGAAGCUGACCAUUUCAUCAAGCUGGCCAGUGAGAGGCUGGAGUCCUGGCAGGAGAUCACGUACACGGUGGAGGCGCUGAAGAGACAAAACUCUGAACUGAAGUCCUUUGUGAGGGAGCUGCAGCAGUGGCAGAGGCAGGUGGAGGAAACCAACGCUCUGGCUGACAAACUGCUCACGCUGUACGCCAACGAUGACACGCACAAGGUCACCCAGGUCAACGACAACAUGAUGGCCACUUGGACACACAUCACCAAGCGUGUCUCGGACAGAGAGGUGGCUGUCGAGGAAGCUCUGAAGCUGCUGCAGCAGUUCUACCUCAACCUGGAGAAGUUCCUCAACUGGCUGACGGAGGCGGAGACCACCUGCAACGUGCUGAUCGGCGCCACCAACAAGGAGAGGAUGCAGGAGCAGCCGGACGCAGCCCGCAACCUGCUGGCUCAGUGGAAGGAGCUGGAGGCAGAGAUUGACGGCCACACAGAGAUGUACCACUCCCUGGAUGAGAACGGCCAGAGGAUCGUGAGCUCGCUGCGGGACUCUGGGGACGGGGCCCUGCUCCAGAGACGCCUGGACAACAUGACGCAGCGCUGGAACGACCUGCGCAACAAGACCCUCAGCAUGAGGGCCCAUCUGGACUCAGAGAUGGCCCCGUGGAAGAGGCUCCACAUGUCGCUCCAGGAGCUGCUGAACUGGCUGAGGCUGAAAAGUCAACAGCUGGAGAAGGAACCACCUGUAGGGGGCGACGUGCCCACCGUGCAGACACAGCUGGACACUAACCGGGGUUUAAGGAGGGAACUGAGAGCCAAAGAGCCAGUUGUGACCAAAGCUCUGGACGAUGUGGGGGUCUUCCUGUCUGAGCUGCCCCGUGAAACACCCUCACCUGAGCAGAGAGACAUCAGCCCGGAGGAGCGUGCUCAGAACGUGGGGCGAAUCCUCCGCAAAGAGGCAGACGACGUGGUGACCAAGUGGGACCGGCUGAACAUCGACUGGGCCGACUGGCAGAGGAGGCUGGAGCUGGCCCUGGAGCGGUUGAUGGACCUCCAGGAGGCCGAGGACCUGCUGGACGGACAGCUGAGGCAGGCCGAGAUGGUGAGGGAGGCGUGGGAACCUGUGGGCGACCUGCUGAUCGACUCCCUGCCGGAGCACAUCGAGAGAGUCAAGGAGUUCCAGGAAGAGAUCGCUCCCAUCAAGGACGACGUCGUACACAUGAACCAGUUGGCGUCCACAUUCGGUCCACACGACAUCCAGCUGUCGCCUAGCAACCUGGAACGUAUCAAAGAUCUGAACACGCGCUGGAAGCUGCUCCAGGUUACCGUGGAUACGGGGAAAAGGAACUCAGGCAGAAAUGGAUUGGGUGAGGUGGACUCCAAGAUGUCCAUCAGUGAACAUCUGAAGCAGCUGACAGACGCUCACAGGGACUUUGGCCUUCUGCACGGAUCUGUGGAGAGCCCCUUCGAGCAGGGCAUCUCCCCGAACAACGUGCCCUACUACAUCAAUGAGAAAGCUGGACCUGACCUGAUGACGGAGACCCAGUGAGUGCCAGCUGACCACACACACA